AUGACUAAACCACGAGUGAUCUACUGGUUCCGGACCGACUUACGUCUUCACGAUUCUCCAGCUCUCAAAGCAGCAUUGGACCUCAAGCCAGAGUGUCUCUACCCUAUCUGGACAUGGGACCCGCACUAUGUAUAUCGCGCCCGAGUGGGCUCCAAUCGCUGGCAAUAUCUCCUCGACUGCCAAAACGACCUCUCAAAGUCGAUAACCAAACUUAACCCAAACUCGAAACUCUUACUCAUCCGGGAGGCACCGCAAACGCUGUUACCCAAGUUAUUCAAGGCGUGGAAAAUCACACAUCUAGUGUUCGAGAAAGACACCGAUGCGUACGCAAGAGAAAGAGAUAAGAAUAUCGCAGAGCUUGCGAAGAAGGCUGGUGUCGAGGUUAUUGUGAAGAUCGGAAGGACGUUAUACGAUCCCGAUGAGCUGGUGAAACAAAACCAUGGAAAGCCAACUAUGAGCAUAAACCAGGUGCAAGCUGCGGGAAAGAAUAUCGGAUCAAUCCCAAGGCCGAUACCAGCGCCAAAUUCGCUGCCCGAUCCUGGGGAUACCGAUCUGAAGUUCGAUCAAGAGAAGCCAGAAAGCCAGCCCGAUAUUAACGCAAUACAGAGAGACGGGGAAGAAGCUUCAUACUCUGCUCUAGCGGGACCAAAUGGUGACUUUGCAGUACCAACAAUGGAAGAGCUCGGCCUGAAGCCCGCAACGACACCACACCGUGGAGGCGAGACAGUAGCAUUGAAUGCCCUAGACAACAUCAUAGCAGAUACCGACUAUACGGCUACCUUUGAGAAGCCCAAAACCGCCCCCACCGCUUUCGAACCCCAGGCCACAACCCUCCUCUCGCCGCACAUGCACUUUGGCUCCUUAAGUUGCCGACUCUUCUACUGGCGUGCCCAAGAUGUAGUCGACAAAUACAAAGAAAAGGCCUCCCAACCACCCACCAGCCUAACGGGCCAACUACUCUUCCGAGACAUGUACUUCGGCGCGCAAGCAGCUCUAGGCUACUCCUUCGGCCAAACAUACAAUAAUCCGCACUGUCGCUUCAUUCCCUGGCAUCUACCCUCAAAAGUCGAUACCAAGUCUAACCUCAUCACCGGCGAGUAUCUCAUCGACAACGCAGAAGCAGAAACGCAUUUCCAGCGCUGGAAACAUGGUCAUACAGGAUUUCCCUGGAUCGACGCCCUUAUGCGUCAGCUUGCCCAAGAAGGCUGGAUCCACCACCUCGGUCGCCACGCCGUUGCUUGCUUCCUGACAAGAGGUGGGUGUUACAUUGACUGGGAGCGCGGCGCAGAAGUCUUUGAAGAAUGGCUCAUUGAUCACGAAGCUGCAUGUAACAUUGGAAACUGGCAAUGGCUAUCCUGUACGGCCUUCUUCGCGCAAUUCUACCGAUGUUAUUCCCCCAUUGCCUUUCCACAGAAAUGGGAUAAAGAGGGUAAGUUUGUGAGAAGGUAUGUACCGGAGUUGGCGAAAUUUGACAAGAAGUACAUCUACGAGCCAUGGAAGGCGCCAAUCGUAGAUCAGAAGAAGUGGGGGUGUUUGGUCAAAGGCGAUGGGUUUGAAAAGGCAGGUGAGGGUGCGAUGAAAGUUUAUCCAAAACCGAUGUUUGAUUUUGGCAAGAGAAGGGAUGUUUGUAUCCAGGGCAUGAAGAAUGCAUACCACGUUAACCUUUACGGGAACUCGCCGCAGGUCCUCGACGGCACAUGGCGUAAGCUUUUUGACGAUAAAGCGGAGGGGCCCACGGAAGGCAAGGAAGGGCCACCAGGCGCCAUGGUAACGAAAGAAAAUCAAGAAGAUGCAGACGGGCAUGAAAAGAACACGCAUGUGGCCAAGCCAUUGAGUCCGAAGGAGGCGAAGAAGAUGGCGAUACGGAGUGAUAAGAAAGCAGGUCAUAAGAGAGAAGCGAGCCAAGGAACACUGGAUGGCAUGUUCACAAGGAAGAAGAAGAAAGAUGGAGAAGUCUUUCCUAAUGAGACCCAUUUUGGAUAG